UGGAGCAUCUUUUUUUUGUAUGAAUGUUUUCCUUCUUUUUUUAUACAAUAACUUUUAACUGUUUAACAUUAGAAAGUUUUCAUCAAAAAAUGGUAUUUAUACGUGGAAAUCAAUUAUUUGAUUUUAAGCAAGAAUUUUAUAUCAGCAAACACAUAAUCUUAAAUUAUGUUCGACACAUUUUUGAAAAAAUAUAAGGUAAUAGAGAAAAUUGGUGAAGGUUCAUUCUCGGAUGUUUUAAAAUGUCAAAAUAAAGUGUCUAGUGAAUUAUUUGCAGCGAAACGUUUGAAGAAAACUUAUUUUAAUAUUAAGGAAAUUUUGGAAUGUUCAGAAGUCUCGACAAUGAGAAAAAUCACGAGACAUCCAAAUGUUUUAUAUGUGCUUGAAUGUUUGUAUGAUCCAUUAUCUGGGAGAGUUACUCUUAUUUUUGAAUUAAUGGAUAUGAGUCUUUAUGUCAUGAUGAAAGCAAGAAAAGGGCAGAUGAUUAUGGAGAAAAAAGUCAAAUUAUAUUUACAUCAGCUAUUAAAAGGAUUGGAGCAUUUGCAUAAGCAUGGGAUUUUUCAUCGAGAUAUUAAACCGGAAAAUAUUUUAAUAAAGGGAGAUUCUAUAAAAUUAGCCGAUUUAGGAUCUGUUAAAGGAAUUUACAGUAAACCACCUUACACUGAUUAUAUUUCAACCAGAUGGUAUCGUCCACCUGAAUGUUUGCUAACAACGGGAUAUUAUGGAUCAAAAAUGGAUAUUUGGGCGUCUGGUUGUGUAUUCUACGAAUUAUUAACAUUAAAACCUCUUUUUCCUGGUUCAAAUGAAUUGGAUCAAAUUUCAAAAAUUCACGAUAUUCUGGGUACACCUCACGCAAGAUUAGUGGUGAAAUUCCGAAAACAAACACUUCGAAAUUGUUUUUUCUUUUCGUCGAAGAAAGGCCAAGGACUUUAUUCAUUGGUUCCACAUGUAUCUGAAGCUGGAAGAGAUCUUUUGCGAUUAAUGUUAAUUUAUGAUCCGGAAUUCAGAAGCAAUGUAAAAAGACUUUUGGAUCAUCGAUACUUUUAUGAACUAAGAGAAGAAUUGCCGAGAAUUACAAGAAGCGUAACGCAAGCAAUUCAAAAAAAUUCUCCACAAUGGCAAAAUCCUGUUCUUAUAAACCAUAUUUUGUCUCAAAAACGACGAAAAUCGAAAUUUUCCAGAAUUCUGCCAACCGAUUCAAAUUCAAGAAGAAAUUCAUCAUGCGAAUUUAUUCAACCAAGAGUUUUAAAUUCAACGCAAUGGAUACCAAAUAUUCCUCAAAAAAAUCCAUUCAGCCGAAAAAUUACGAUAAUCAAAUCGGAUGGUUCAGAAAUAAAAUUACCAAAUAUUGAAUGUAAUAAUGGAAGACAUAUUUCAAUGUAUGAGAAUCAAAACAAAAUGCAGAAAGUAAUCAUGGAGAGAAACAAUUCAUUAAAAGUGGAUUAUCCUAAUUUAAGAGCGCGGAGAUUUAAUCGUUAUUUUUACGAAGGAGAAACGUGCAGACAAAUUAAUGAACUGCCUUACAAUAAAAUUCCACAAGAAAAAUUAACUCAUCGUCAUGUCCUACCAAAGCAAUCAGGAUAUCAAUUUCUAUAUAGACAACAACAAAAUUUACGUUCUAUUAACAUGGAAAAUGGUAUUCGUCGUGUGCCCGAAAUUUCCGGAAAAAGGCCAAGCUUUAAUAUUAAAUCACCUUACGUGAAAAGUCCAGCAAAGAAAAUUGCUAAACAUGAAUUUUGAAAUAAGACAACACAAAAAUACAAAGUUCAAAUAUCAACAAGAUAAAUUACAGAAUAAGAGAUUAAAUUGAGUUAUAAAUUUUCAAAAAUUUUACAAUAAAAUUAAUUCUUCAC